CCACUACUGGGAGAGGAGUUCCAGCACAUGCUCGCUCCCCCCUCUGUGUGUCACAGUCCAGGCACAGCACUCCCGGGAUCUAGCUACGGUCACCCGGCUGGCAUGGGGAAAGAAGCACUGUUAGCCCUGCUGGUGACAUCUCUGACUGUGCAGCGCUGCCUGACCUUCUCCCAGGCUGUGGAUGGCGACUUCACCUUCACCCUGCCUGCUGGCCAGAGGGAGUGCUUCUUCCAGCCUAUGAAGAAGGAUGCUACGCUGGAAAUAGAGUACCAGGUUCUGGAUGGUUCAAGCUUAGAUGUGGAUUUCUACCUCCUAUCUCCACAUGGAGAAAUCGUAUUGUCUGAGACUCGCCAGUCCGAUGGGGUCCACACAGUGGAGACAGUCGAUGGUGAUUAUGAGUUUUGCUUCGACAACACCUUCAGCCGACUCUCGGACAAGGUGAUCUUUUUUGAACUCAUCUUAGACCACAUGAAUGAAGAAGUGAAUGACCAGGAAGACUGGAAGAAUUAUGUAGUUGGUGCAGAUCUGCUGGAUAUGAAACUGGAGGAUAUUCUGGAAACCAUUAACAGCGUGAAAGGAAGACUGAGCAAAAGUCUGCAGAUCCAGACUCUGUUGAAGGCCUUCGAAGCACGUGAUCGCAACAUCCAAGAGAGCAACUGUGACCGCGUGAACUUCUGGUCUAUAGUCAACUUAUUGGUGAUGGUUGUAGUGUCUGUUAUUCAAGUGUAUUUGUUGAGGAGCCUUUUUGAGGACAAGAGGAAAAGCAGACCCUGAUUGAAGAGAAGGAAAUGUGCCAAAAUUAUAAGGGAAAAUAGACGAAAUCAUAAGGGGGACUUUGUUACACGUGGAUGUUUUAUCCA